AAACUGGUUUACAAGUUUACUACUUUGUGGCCCUUGACAAGAUACCUAACCUGUUUUCUCAUUUGUAAGUCAAAAAAUGAAAGCUAUACUAGCGCCGAAGUCUUUAGGUUGUUACAAGUGUUGAUGAGCUAACAAAGCUUGCUGGUGUUUUUCUUGGCUGUGACUGUCAGCCAGCUUGUAUCCCCAGCACCCCUAAACCGUUGCCCCCACUUCAUGGCUUUAUAGUCCACUAGGACUCCCACUCCUCCUUUUAAGCCUAGUCUCGGUUGGCCAUGUGGGGACUAGCUUUGUUGACCCUUCCACCCACCUUGCACCUUGCCUUUCUUCCCGUUCUCCUCACAGCGCCCAACCUCGUGAACCUGCAGCUUUUGGAAUGUUCUCUCAACCUUCUGUGCCUUUGUAUCUGUUCUUCCCAACGCUUGGACUGCGUUUCUCCCAUUUGUUCACCAAAUGCUUAGUCAGCUUGAACCCCACCAACCCAUAUGGAGCUCUGCUCUACCCUUCACCACUGAUCAAUCUCUCCCCAACCCCCUGGGGCCCUUCUUGGACAAGAACUAUGUACCAAGCCUCUAGGGUUCCUGUACUAGCAUGAGCCCUUGAGAGGAGAGGCCAUGUCUUGAAAUGUAUGAGGAGUGCAGUAGAUACCAGGCAUUGUCACUGCUGUGAGCUUGGGGCUGUCCUGCUUCUCCACUAAAGCAAUACGCUCCACUUAACAGGGCCUCCACAUAUAAAUCCCUAUUCCAAGGAAGGGCACGUGUGAUGUGUGUGUGUAGAAGGGGAGGGGGUGUUACCAUCCAGAUCCCUCCAAGAAGCCCAUGUUCUUUUCCUCUGAGCCAUCUGGUGCCUAGGGUGUUGGGGGGGGGGGGUCCUGCCCCAACCCUGACAGGCAUACAUACGUCCUACCCCCAGAUCAUAGCCUUUGAUGAGCUGCGGACUGACUUCAAGAACCCCAUCGACCAGGGGAACCCAGCGCGGGCAGUAAGUGAUACAUGUGCUGUGCUGAGGUGUGUCCGUCCGUUUGUCUUAUUUGUCAUGGUGGAGGGUGGGAAUAGGGAUCGGGAAGAUGGGGGUGCAAUGUGGAGGGCUGAUGAGGUGACCCUGUCCUUUCCUCCGUCCGUCCCCACCCCCGCAAACACCUGGAGCGGGCUCAGGGCUCGGGUUCCUCCUGGUGGGGAAGCCUUUUCCAGGCUCUGGGCUGUUGCCAUGGAGAUGCGGGUGAAGGCCCCUCCAUGGCGACAGUCACCAUGGGGACGGCGGGCUGCUUUCCUGAGAAGACACCGCAGAGAGUUCUGGCGCCCUCUGGUGACCACACCCGGGGCCAUGGGAGGCGCCCUGGUUUCUGCUCCUUGGCUUCCCUUAUCUAGGCCCUUUUCUUCCCUACAGCGCGAGCGUUUGAAAAACAUCGAACGCAUCUGCUGCCUCCUGAGGAAGCUGGUGGUCCCGGAAUAUUCCAUCCACGGCCUCUUCUGUCUGAUGUUUCUGUGUGCAGCAGAGUGGGUGACCCUGGGCCUCAACAUCCCCCUCCUCUUCUACCACCUCUGGAGGUACUUCCACCGUCCUGCGGAUGGCUCUGAGGUCAUGUAUGAUGCGGUCUCCAUCAUGAAUGCUGACAUUCUCAACUACUGCCAGAAGGAGUCCUGGUGCAAACUCGCCUUCUACCUGCUCUCCUUCUUCUAUUACCUGUACAGUAUGGUUUAUACGUUGGUGAGCUUCUAAGGGGGAAGCCGGCCAGGGAGCAAGCCCAGAACGGACCGGACGCCUGUGCACCCCCAGCCCUGCCCCUCUGGCCACAGAGGCCUCAGCCCCGGGGAGGGAGGAGGCACUGGUGCCUCCAGCCUCUCCACCCCCCCAAAACUGCUGCUGCGGGGACCCCCGCCUUCAGAGCUCUCCCCUUCCGACUAGGGCCAGGCAAAGCUCUAAACAGGGGUGGGGGCUCCUCUGCUAGCCUGCAGCUAGGCAUGGCAGUUGUCCUGGAAGGGGUAGGACUUCCGGUCUUGUCCAUUUCAGGGGAAUUUGGGCCCUGCCAACAGGCAGACCUUGAUCCUGGAAAUUCUGGGCAGCCCACCUUGGCCCUCACCCUGAAGCUCCCCCUGCAGGUGGGGGGGCACCUGCACCAGGAAUGAGCAGGCUCAACAUGGGGGCAGCCCCAUCCCUAGUCUGCCCUCUCCCCUCUCCCCUCCCCCAGGCUCUCUUUCCAACCCAGUCUCUACUUAUCCCAAAUCCAGCCCACCCUGUCCCUUGGACCUAU